CGCCCCCUCCGCCUCUGCCCGCCCCCUCCCCUCCCCGCGCCACAGCGCCCGCCCCGCCAGCAGGGGGCGGCCGCGGGCACCGGCUCCAUCGCCGCGCCCCGCCGCAGGGCGCGGGCCCGCGGUGUGGGGAGGAGGGAGGGGAAGGCAGAGGAGGGAAGGAGGGGGCGAAGAGGCGCCGCCGCCGCGGCGAUCCGACCUUGUGUGGGCAGCCCCGCUCCCCUCCCCGCCGCCGACCCGCGCGCUGGCCCGGGGUUGUUCGCGCCCAUUCCCCACCCUGCGCCCCGGCUCUCCGGCAGCGCCGCUCCGGCGCGGGAAGGGGGGGGGGGGCGAGCUCGUCUCGUCGGCACCGGGCGCCUGGCGUCGUCUCCUGCCGGCCGGCGGUGCGGGCGCGGGGCGGCGGGCGCUGGCGCGGCUGCGGGAGGCGGCGCUGCGGAGGCCCGGCGCCGCGCCGGGAGCCGCCGGGACGCAGCGAGGGGCGGGGCGCGCUCGCCUGGCGUUGUGUCAGCGAGCGGCGCCGAACCGCGGCCCCGCCGAGCCGCCCGCCCGCUCCGGGCCCGCCCCGGCCCCCGCCCGCGGCCCGCAGUUGAGUCUCGGCGCAAGUAGGAUCUUACACGAGUUUCGCUCCUGGGCUUGUGCUGCUCCCCAAGGCAUUUUCGGUGGCACGUCCCAAACUCUUUAGAUUUUUGAUCCCUAAGAGCAGUGAUGGUGGUUUGGAAGAUGAGUUAUGUCCCGCUCCUUCAGCAGGUAGUGGCGUGCUGUCUCUGAAACUUUCCAGCCAGCUCCCCUCAUAAUAGCCUAUGCGAAGGUGCUUUUUGCUUAGUCUGUUGUCCUCUAGCUGACGCGUAACCAAAUACACAGUCUACUUCAUGUUUCUUUGUAGAUCACUCUGUAUAUCUCUGCUUAUAUCCUGAUAGAAUGCACUGCCUUACGCUGUUUUCAGGAUGCAUUGCCUUUUCAUCUUUUCUAAUGCAAUCUCAUCUGGUGUCCCAUAACACCCAGUUAGGUGUUCCUGUCAUUUAAUGCGCAAUUAAUAUGUUCAUCUGUAACUGAUGCAAAGGUCUUUGUUAAUGAAACUGUUACUGCACAAAGGAUGAGAGGAAUCAUCAAUACAGAAGGGUCAGACUAUUGUAAAGAAGAACAGAAAGAGCAAGGGUUGAAAUAACAAGUGAAUGCCAUACAGGAAUGGAAAAUGCAGGACUAUGUGGGAGCACAGUUCUUGAAAACAGUAAUUUAACCAAUAAUACUUUGAAGUGUGGUCUCAGGCUUUCCCUUGGAUAUUUACUUUAGUGGACCCAGCAGGUCUGUUUAAUAGACUUUACUGACACAUGUUGAACUGGCUGUAGGAUAUUUUAUGUGUAUUAUGGCCUAGGUGCUGUCUUGGGUUCAGUACUUUGAGUUGUGGGAACAGGGCAAUGGCUCCUUACGGGAGAUAACACCUCUGAAGUAACUACUGCUAGGGAGCACCAGGAGAGGGAGUGAGCUCACUGACUUAGGUAGUUCUCAGUAAGUUCACAAAUUCUACUUCUAUUCAGUAGGGAGGCAAAGAAGCUAGUAGUUUUUUUGAAGUGUAUGUCGGAACUGAGCCAACUAGCGCUGCCAAGGUUGCAGUAGUGUUAUUUCCUCUGCUUUAACUGGAAGUGGCAAAUAACACUGAAUGUUGUAUACUAAAACCAACCUUUAGCCCGGAGAAAAAUUCUCUCAGACCUUGGUACUUGUGUAAUUCUUGCACAAUGAGUGACAAAGCAUCCAAAGACAUUUAUGAAACUUCUGGACUAGCAUCUCUUGAACAUCAGUUGCCAAACUGCCCACUGAAUACUGCAUGCAAACCUGGAGAUUGUUCUCAUGCUGUGACAUAGUGACUUGCUGUGAAGAUUCAGUAUCUCUGAAGUCAUUGAAAACAGUACUUUGAUGAGCAAUGGUGUCCCAGAAACCUGUAUGAGUUGUAAUUCAGAAAUAACUGUGCUGCUGUGUUUUGGAGUCAAUGUUGACUUUAUAUUCUGUCCUGUUUGGACCACAUGGACUUCUGAUGGCACAGGUGCUGCUGUUUGUUGUUGGAAGAAAUAAUAAACCAGCUGUACCUACUGUAGGUUCUGAUAGGGCUGCUGUGGGAAAAGUAAAGACCAUCUGAUUUGUGACUUGACUCUUGAGCUUUAAUUGAGCUGCACAUGGAGCAUAAAAUGUGUUUAUUUAAGUUCAAAUCAUGGAUUAUCAGGCCUCCAUGGUAAAAUGUCAAGUUCUGGAAAAAGGCCUCUCUUCUAAUAGAGUUUCUGGCAACUCUCAUGGGAAAUCUGAUCUAAGAAAUUAAUAACUCAGAAUAUAGUAUCACAGUUGGAUUGAAAAGGUAGGGGGGGAGAAAAGGUGAAGGAACUUGAGUGUACCAGAGAGAACUUUUCAUGUAAUUCAGUAGAUCUGACCUGCAUUCCCCUUUGCUAUGUCUGCCCUUUCAAGAGAGACCAGGUCCUCAAUAAAAAGUAAAGAGGGAAGAUUUUUUUUUUUCCUUUUUCUUUCUUUUCAUGUCUGUUAAGCCAUUAGGAUAAUUAUCACCUAGCUGUUUGCACUCUGGGAGUAGGAGAUAGAACAUUUUGUCUCUUUGCUUUAUGGACCAAAUUACAGUCAUUUGGUCAAAUAACAAAGCUUUUAGAAGCCUCCACAUAAGGUGUGUGCUGCUUGCAUGCUGCUCAGGUUUCUUAAUCUUCUCAGUGAAUAACAGAGUGUAAGUGGAAGAUGCUCAUUGUACAGAUUCUCCUGUCUUUAACCUGUUUUACACCAAAACUGUUUACUUUGUCUGGGUCUAAAUAAAGUUGACGUGAGCCUAUGUCACAACUGUUCCAGCUUGGGAUUAAUUGUGCUCAGUCUGGUCUGUUGUUAGGUUCCUGUUGGGUUUUAUGCUGGGGAUUUCCAGCACAGGGAAAAUCGAUUAAUAUUUUUGAUCAUUUAGAAUAAAUUAUUUUUGGUUAUUUACAUGAACAGUUAGUUCUAGUUGUGGAUUUUCGGAGUGAGAAAACCUUCGGGCUCCAUUGGAUUUGAAGAGUUAAUCAUACCUGGGGAUUCCUGAGUUUCUUAAACUAGUUAAUUCACUUUUUUUUCUUUUUUCUGUUUUCUUUUUUUUUUUGUAAGAGAUGAUGGCCAUCAUGUGAUCCAGUUUUAAUGGUGGUUUCUGGAAGGUAUCUGAAGUGUUUUAUAUCCAGAGCCUGAAGUUUGUAGGUAGUUGGUGCAUUGUUACAUUUUAUUUGAAACUGCUAUCUGGACGGUAUUGCUGAGAGUGCUGUGAAAAAGUUUUCAGUACUAUCAUCUAUCCUGAGACUAGCAAGGCUGUCAAAGCCAGUUUUACUGAGGCAGAUGCAUGUUUUUGGGAAUACACAAGCUGUUGCAUGCACAAGUGUCCAGCUGUUGAAAUAGUAUACUCGGUGUUUUGUUGGGGUUUUUUUUGAAGGAGGGAAAGGGAAGGGAAUCCCUGUUCCUGUCUGAAUAAACAACAAAACAGAGAACUUGUAGUUGACAUUUUUCUUUCUUACGAUAGUUAAUGUUAGAGAAUUGGUGGCUUUAUUUUUUCACUUACGAUAUUUCUCAGCUUCAUGUAAGUGAGAAUCCUGUCCAAAUAGUAUUUCGCCAGUGCAUUUACCCCUUAGUGCUGCCCUGUGGGGUUGGGGGGAGUAACUUGGUAAGUGCUUUCAAUUUGCUCUCACCCUUCCUAGCAUACAAUGGAGAGGGCCUCGACUUAAAGGUGGUGACUUGACUCUUCAGUUGCUCUACCUUUUUGCGGCACUAAUUUUUUUUCAAUUAUUUGGUUUUGUAUUUGACUGUUUCUCUUAGGAGAACAUGUUGUUUCCUGCUCAGUUUGUAACUGGCUAGAAUGUUCCAAAGUCAGCAGUCUAGAGCCCUGGGUGAGGAGUUUGGGUCGUGCUUUAAGUCACUACCACUGCUCUUAGGGACAAAAAACCUUUAGAACUUGGAGUCCUGCCUGUCCCAUGCUGGAGAGCACAAGAACCUUGAUGAGAAUCCUACCAGAAUGCAAUUCUGCUUCUUGGAAAUUAAGAUGCAAUGGAUCAGCUUGAGCAGAGGGUAAAUGAAUUUUUUAUGAACGCAAAGAAAAACAAACCUGAAUGGAGAGAAGAACAAAUGACAUCGAUCAAAAAAGAUUAUUAUAAAGCUUUGGAAGAUGCUGAUGAAAAAGUGCAACUGGCUAAUCAAAUAUAUGAUUUGGUAGACCGUCAUUUGAGAAAAUUGGACCAGGAACUCGCUAAAUUUAAAAUGGAACUUGAAGCAGAUAAUGCUGGAAUUACAGAAAUAUUAGAGAGAAGGUCUCUGGAGCUGGAUACACCAUCACAGCCUGUGAAUAACCAUCACGCCCAUUCUCACACUCCAGUAGAGAAAAGGAAACAUAAUCCAUCUUCUCACCAUAGUACAGCAGAUCAUGUUCCUGAAAAGAAGUUUAAAUCUGAAGCUCUUCUAUCUACCCUGACUUCAGAUGCUUCUAAAGAAAAUACACCAGGGUGUCGAAACAGUAAUUCAUCAUCCUCUUCAAACAAUGCAUACAAUACAAACUCUUCUCAACCAUUGGCAUCAUAUAACCUGGGCUCAUUAUCUUCAGGAUCUGGGGCCGGUGCAAUUACCAUGGCAGCAGCUCAAGCAGUGCAAGCCACGGCACAGAUGAAGGAAGGAAGACGAACAUCCAGUCUAAAAGCCAGCUAUGAAGCAUUUAAGAACAAUGAUUUUCAGCUUGGAAGAGAAUUUUCAUUAUCCAGAGAUUCAACUGGAUAUUCAUCAUCAGCUCUGGCAUCUACAUUAACACAGACAUUAAGUUCAUCAACCACAGAUUCACGAAGUGGCAGAAAAAGCAAAAACAACAACAAAUCCUCAAGUCAGCAGUCGUCCUCAUCUUCCUCUUCUUCAUCUCUGUCAUCAUGUUCUUCUUCAUCUGCACUGGCACAAGAACUGUCUCAGCAAACAGCAGUAAUACCAGAGUCUGAUUCUAAUAGCCAGGUUGACUGGACCUAUGAUCCAAAUGAGCCACGUUACUGCAUUUGUAAUCAGGUGUCCUAUGGUGAAAUGGUAGGCUGUGAUAACCAAGAUUGCCCUAUUGAGUGGUUCCACUAUGGAUGUGUUGGACUGACAGAAGCACCAAAAGGGAAGUGGUACUGUCCGCAGUGUACAGCCGCAAUGAAGCGAAGAGGCAGUAGACAUAAAUAAGUUUCUUCAUCUGGAAAACAAAUUACAUACUGAAGGUUUUAUAGAGGACUUGGGAGGGGAGGGAACCCCCACCACACUUCCUUGCAACCACUUAAGGGUUAACAUAGCAGUCAUAAGAUCUUGAACUAUUGAUUUUGCUAGUUGUGUUUUAAUAUUGUAAGUAAAUUAUUUAUGCACAUUGAUGUGCUACAGAUAUUAUUCCAGUGAGCCUUGGAUUGUUCCAGUGGCCAACAUAUGCAGACAUUUGUACUAUCAAACCAUUUCUCUAAACAGUGGGCAUUCUAUAAUUAUUCAAUCUUCAAAAAAUUCCAAUAAGUCAAGAUUUUAAAUGUAUGUUUUAUAUUCCACAGAUAUAUUCUGCUGCAUGUACUGUACUCAAGAGCUGUUAUGUAACACUAUGUAUAUAAAUGGUGCAAAUAGUCAGUGCUUCUGAAAAAAAAAAAUGAGACAAUGGUUUUUAAAAUGCCUUUAUAGCUUUGGUUCUUUAUGAAACUUAAUUCAGCAGGCUGAAGAAAAUGGUUCUCGUAUACAGCGGGCUGUUGUCCUCUAGGGUACUUGAGUAUGUAAAAACAAAAAAAAAAUGCUGUAGAAUAAAACAAACUUGUGCCAUUAGUCUUUAUAUGUUUCUGCUCCAGAGAAGGCGCAGGCCAUAAGAGGAAAAAAAGGUGUUAAAGUGAUGAUAAAUUUUUAUACCAAAUGUGUUUAUUUUUUUGUGCAAGUAAUCCUUUAAAUUUGAAUUGUAUUAGGUGUUAAAAUAAAACAACCUCAACUCCUCAAA